AUGCAGCCUACCCUAUAUUACCUCGUUCUUCCUGUGAUUGCAUACUUGCUCACCGUCGUUGCUCUGCGCCUCCGGAAACGCAGAUCUGCGAUUCGAAAGAUUCGUGGACCGCCUCGUCCUUCAUGGCUAUUAGGUCAUGAAGCGCUUCUGCGUAGUCGUCAGCAUGUGGGCGACUUGGAAAUGGAAUGGUACCAACAAUACGGCGCCAUAUACCGCACUGGCGGGUGUUUCGGGCAAGAUAUUUUGUCCGUUGCCGACCCUAAGGCAUUGCAGUACAUCUUCCAUUCGUCUGGGUACAGAUUCCCUAAGACAAGAGACGCCUAUCGUUUCAACGAAGCAUUCCUGGGGCAAGGCGUAGUCACUGUUGGGGGUAACAUCCACCAACGCCAACGGAAGAUCCUUGGUCCUGCUUUUGCAGCAUCCCAACUACGACUCUUUUUGACCGUCUUCCAAGCAUCAGCCAUGAAGCUUACAGAGAUGAUCAACGAGCACAUUGGGGACGGCAAAGAGGUCAAUGUGCUUCAGUGGACGAGCAAGGCUGCAUUGGAUAUCAUAGGCAUUACGUCUUUCAGAUACAAGUUCAAUUCCCUUGACGGUGCACAAACUGAACUAAUGGCAGCGCUUAAUAAUAUCUUCGGCGAAGCGCAGAUGUGGCCGACAACAUGGGAGCUUCUGUUUCCCGCUCUGUGGCGCAUACUCCCGGAAUGGGUACUUUUACUGCUCGAGAGACUGCCGAGCAGAGACACUGUGCGAGUGAAGCGCUUUAGAGACACUGCGACGAAAGUAUCCAGGCCUAUCUUUGAGAAACAGCUGAACGAGGUCGCUCAUGAUGCGAAUCCAGCUGAGAAGGACGUUGUAAAUGUUCUCGCAAUGUCUUAUCUUGCCGAUGAUAAGAAGAAGAAGAUGACCGACAUAGAAAUCGACUCCCAGCUGGCGACAUUUGUUUUAGCUGGCCAUGACACCACUGCGAAUACGAUGGCCUGGCUUCUCUAUGAGCUUAGUCGUCAUCCGGAGGAUCAAGCGAAAGUACGCGAAGAGAUCGCCAUAGCUAAAGCGAACGCUCCAGGAGCGCUCAUGUCGAGUGAUUAUGAUUCAAUGCCUUGGCUCAACGCUGUUAUUAAAGAAGUCCUUCGCCGUCAUCCUCUUGCGUAUGGCCUCCUUCGUGAGCCGGCCCAGGAUGAUGUUCUACCUCUGGCCGAACCUAUCAUUACUUCGGAUGGGGCAGCAUGCGCGGAAAUUCCUGUUUCUAAGGGUCAAACCAUUUUAGCCUCGGUGUAUACCUACAAUCACCUCCCAUCGGUCUGGGGUGAUGAUGCCGGAGAGUGGAAUCCUCGUCGAUUCCUUGAGGACCGCGGAAUAAAGCAAGAAUCUCUUGGGGUCUAUGCAAAUCUACUGACUUUCAGUGCCGGUAUCCGUGGUUGCCUUGGGUGGCGAUUCGCCGUUAUGGAGUUGCAAUCUGUGGUCACGGAACUUCUGAACAACUUUGAAUUCAGCAUUCCGAAGGGAGCACCGGAGUUACUGCAUGGUCCAGCGGGCCUCAUUUUGAUCCCCAUCGUUCCGGGUAAAGCGAAGGAAGGACCACAGAUUCCACUGCAUGUUACUCCUCUCAACAAGUAG